AUGACAGCCGGUAUAGUCCGGGCAGUCUUCAAAGCUGAAGAGUUGUCGUCGGAUGGGUUUGCAGAGCUUCAGCGACCGGGGGAGCCUGCGCUUGCAGACCCAAAGCCCGGAAACCCCAUCUCGCAUAGCCAGUUAAUUGACCUCUCAAAACUGCUCAAGAAGCACUCUCUCGAACUGUCCAGCACUUCCAAGCAAGACACCCAGGAAUCCUCAGAGCCCCCAAAUCAUGAGCAAGAGGAGCCAAUACCAAUCACUCUCAACGCCCUCCUCCAAAACAGCACCGUCUACACCCCACCUCUUCUCCCCAAGAAACACCACACCCCCGAAUACACCGCCCUCAUGGCCCGUCUGCGUGCCCAAGAAGAAUCCCGCACCUACGAGCGCAUGCUCCACCCCCCUCCAACACGCGAAUCCUUCUCCCAACGCUUCCCGCGCGCUCCAGAACCAUACAGCAUCGGCGCCUCCGCGCCCGUCGACGAAGACGAAGUGAGCUACGAGGAGGUCCAUCGACAGAUUAUCCUCAUCAUCAAUGUCUUGGUGUCGAUAGUAGCAGUGGCGGUAUUCAUAUGGGUCGCUGCUCGGCACUGGAGCGUUGGCAAGAGACUUGGUCUGAGUAUGGGAGGGAGUGUCGCUAUUGCGAUUGCUGAGGUCGCCGUGUAUGGUGGCUAUGUGAGGAAAGUCAAGGAGGCCAAGCGGCUCGAGAAGAAGAAACCGGAGAUCAAGGAGAUUGUCAAGAGCUGGGUCAUUGAGAAGGAUGACACCAGUGGGGUAACGGGCUUCAAAGAAAAGGUGGAUGAUGGUGUGAGGUUUAGGAAGGGGAAACAUCGCUGA